AUGUCGUCGUCGUCGCUGUCGCCGGGAGGCGGAAGGCUGUCGGGCUCGGACGGCGACUCGGGGGCGACGUUCGCGGCCGGGGACAACCGGCGGGAGAAGAGGCGGCUGUCGAACCGGGAGUCGGCGCGGCGGUCGCGGCUGCGGAAGCAGCAGCACCUGGACGAGCUGGUGCAGGAGGUGGCGCGCCUCAAGGCCGAGAACGCGCGCGUGCUGGCGCGCGCCAACGACAUCACCGGGCAGUUCGUGCGCGUGGACCAGGAGAACACCGUGCUCCGGGCGCGCGCCGCCGAGCUCGGCGACCGGCUGCGCUCCGUCAACCAGGUGCUCCGCGUCGUCGAGGAGUUCAGCGGCGUCGCCAUGGACAUCCAGGAGGAGUGCCCGCCUGACGACCCCCUGCUCCGGCCGUGGCAGACCCCGUACCCUGCCACCGCCAUGCCCAUCGCCGCCACCGCCACGCACAUGCUCCAGUACUGA